AUCGAGAAAAAUGACGUGCUAAAAAAGAGUAGUCACGAUUGUAGCCAUAAAUAGCUGGAUAAAAUAUUUUUUUAACUAAGAAUAAAAAAAGUAAAAAUACACUGCCAUAAUUGCAUUUGGCAAUCAUAAAUCAAUAUUUAAAUCGCCAAUUAAAAAUCAAGCUAUAAAAAAACACGCCUUUAAAGACAUUGAGUUAAAGUCGAAUAAGUUCAAUAGGAAAAGAAAAAGAAUCAGCGUUUUUAUUAUAAAUAAUUCAUUCUCUCAAUGAUAUAAAUAUAUUUCAUUAUUAACUAAAUCUUGAUAGGUGUUCUAUCUAACAAAGAUUUAAGAAUGCAUGUAAAAUGUUUUUGCUGUUUGCCUUGAAAUCAAUAUCACCAUAUAUAGUUACGUAAAGCAAAUUAUAGAUAUCAUUUAGUUUACUCACCAGCAAACUAAAAUAAAAGAAGAAAUAAAAGAAAAUAACGGAAAUAAAUACUGGCAAUGACAAAAGCUUCUCGUUUUAAACGAAACAAGAAUGAACCAGGAAUGAGUCAUAUGGUCAAUUCAUUGAAGGAGUCGUCGAAACGAGAUUUUAUACACAAUAGCAUCACAAAGAAGGAAGGAGCUCAAUCUAAUAUACAACGAACAAAUGGCUUAUUCUCGUAUCCGCCUUUAGAGAUUCUUGGUAACAACAUGGCGGCGAGCACGUCAACAGAAACCUCCACGUCGACUACUGAUUACAUGUAUGCGUUAGAUGGUGAUGUCGAGACUGAAGAACCGUAUGGACAAAAUUAUUCCGACGUAAACACCGCCAAAAACUUUAAUCGUGACAAAUGGCCACGAAGGAUGGAAUUUUUGCUCAUGCUGGUUGGAUACACGGUUGGUUUGGGCAACGUGUGGAGAUUCCCUUAUCUUUGUCAUAAGAAUGGUGGAGCAACCUUUCUCAUUCCCUACGCCAUUUUUCUGGUAGCUGAAGGGAUACCAUUAUAUUACAUGGAAUUGACACUCGGACAAAGAUUACGUCAGGGCUCGUUAGGGGUAUGGCAUGUGGUAUCACCUUAUUUGGAUGGUUUGGGCAUUGCAAGCGUCUGUGUUUGCAUUUUGGUUUGUAUAUACUACAACGUCAUCUUAGCCUGGUGUUUGGUGUAUUUUGUAAACUCGUUUAAAAGCCCUCUACCAUGGAGCACGUGCCCUGAAGAAAAGGUUCUGGAAGGAAACAAAACAGUGAUGAAAGAGAUUGAAGAGUGUAGCAAAGCUGGUGCCUCCAAGUAUUUUUGGUAUCGAACAACACUGAACAUAUCACAAGGUAUAGAACACGGCUCACAAAUCAAUUGGACACUUGCUCUCACUCUUCUAAUAACGUGGAUCAUUGUGUGGCUUUUUAUGAUCAGAGGGAUUCGAACUGAAGGGAAAGUUGUGUACGUCACAUCUACAUUACCGAUACUACUUUUAGCGGUUAUGUUUUUUCGUGGUGUUCAUCUACCUGGUUUCCAAGAAGGAUUAGCAUUGCUAUUUAUACCGGAUUUUACACGAUUAAAGGACCCACUCGUUUGGCUCGAUGCAGCUUCACAAACGUUCUUUUCGCUCGGAAUCGCGUAUGGAUCGCUGAUCGCAUUUGCAAGUUACAAUCCUUUAAAAAACGAUACGACACGAGACGCUAUUAUCGUUUGUUUGAUCGAUACAGGCGUCAGUGUUUACGCUAGCGUGGUUAUGUUUUGUUUCAUUGGUUAUCGAGCGCACAAGAAAAUGAUAAAUUGUUUGGAAAGCGGAGGCAAAAUUGCUUCCACCGACCAUCAGCUUUAUAAUAUGAUUUCUGAAGGGAUUACAACAACUGUCUAUCCGACUGGUAACACCACUGGUUUUAACACAACGGAUAAGCUAUGUAACAAGGAUCAAUUUUUAGGAGAGCUGUCACAGUCAACAGAGUUGGCAUUUAUCACGUUCACGGAAGCCAUUGACACACUACCCUUCCCCAAUAUGUGGUCAAUCUUUUUUUAUCUGAUGUUGUUUCUGCUGGGUAUCGACACGCAAUGUGGUAUGCUGCAGGGCCUACUUACACCACUUCUGGAUUCGAAAUUAUAUCCUAAAUUGCGAAUUGAAGUCAUUACUGGUUGUAUGUGUCUGUCAAUUUUUGUUGCAAGUUUGACCAUGACUCUCCAUUCUGGGCAUUACUGGUAUCAAAUCAUCUCCAAUUACAGCGCCAGUAUACCAUUGUUGAUCAUUGCUUUGGUGCAAUGUGUUGCGUUAUCUUAUAUCUAUGGAAUGGAAAAGUUUUUGAGUGACAUUGAGUACAUGACAAACAGACGUCCGCGCCAGAUAUGGAUUAUUUGUUGGAAAUUUGUGUCUCCAAUCAUGAUCGUUGUUGUAUUGGUGUUCAGUGUAUAUAGUCUAGCUAUAACACCUCCAACAUAUCAAGUCUGGGAUUCAAAAUCUGGGACAGCUAAAAGUAUGGCAUUACCACCAUGGGCUAUAUUUAUUGGUGUGAUGAUAAUGUUCAUCUCCAUCUUGUUUAUACCAUCUGUGGCGAUUUUAAGACACUUCAAACUGAUAGAAAACGGUCAAGCCAAAUUGAAAUUUUUGGUGAGAAGACGUCAAAGAGAAGCAAGCCAUUACGAAAAGUAUACGAUGACGCCGAUUAUUCACCAUGACAACAAUACGUUAUAACAAAUCACGGGAACCUAUUCGCUAAUGAUGCAUGGUUUGUGUUGCAGAAAUCCCCGCCAUAUUUUAUGACUUUUGUAUGUUAUUGACGAAGUCUGCGUGACGAAGAUGACAAAGAGAAACAUUAAAAUCUCAUAUUGACCAAACUUUAGCUGAUUAGCUUAUCAUAUCGAACUUUAGCUACAUGUAAAUAUGGUAAACAAGCGAUGUCCUGACAUGAGAACAAAUUACAACAUGUUUAAAAUAAAUCAUAUAUUGUUUUUUUAUAAGACAGAAACAAAGUUGGGACCCCAUCAUGGAUAAAAGCAGAACGUAUUCUUUUGUAUUAGUUGACUUGGACUAACAAGUAGAUGUAUUUAUUUAUUAACAAUUUGGAGAUGGACUCCACAAUUCCCUUAGUGUCGCUUUCGAUUUCACUUUCCUACAUUGUUUUUUUGUGUCAGGGAUUUUUAUUUCUUAAUUUUGUAAGAAGCUUUAGAAAGUAAAAUUUUUCGAUAAUAAAUUUUUUGAUACUAGUGAAUCAUUUUACGGUUAAUAUGAAAUAAAGAAUUGCGUGUUACGUAUAUGUUUA